UAAGAUAUUAAUCAUUGUUUUGUUUCUAUUUACACUUGGCAUAGGCCAAAGAAUCGGUGUGCAUAUAAAAAAUGCUAUCUAGUUACAAAGGAACAAGGAGCAUUAAAGCAGAAAAAUGCUACCCACUUCCCGACGUUUCACAAGUUGUUACGGACUCCGACACACAAAGACGUUACUUUCGCGGUAGGCUGCUUGGAAAGGGUGGGUUUGCUCGAUGUUACGAAGUAACUGAUAUGAAAACAAACCAUGCUUAUGCUUGCAAAGUUGUUGCAAAAGCAAGAAUUACAAAACCCCAUCAGAGAAAAAAGAUAGUGAACGAAAUUGAGUUACACAGAUCGCUGAAUCAUCCUUACGUGGUUGGCUUUCACGGUUUUUUCGAAGAUAAUAAAAAUGUCUACAUUUUAUUGGAGCUAUGUGCGCGCAAAUCAUUGGUGCAACUUCUUAAACAGCGUAAGUCUUUGCUGGAGCCCGAGGUUCGAUAUUUUAUGAGACAAGCGAUUAAAGCAUGCUGUUAUCUCCACUCCAAGAACAUCAUUCAUCGUGAUAUCAAACUUGGAAAUUUCUUCAUCAAUGAUGACAUGCAAUUGAAGCUUGGUGACUUUGGAUUGGCUUGUAGAACAGGAGAAAUUUCAACCCAAGAUGAUGAUAUGACAGUUUGCGGUACGCCCAAUUACAUUGCCCCCGAGGUCUUGAAGAAAGGUCGACAUGGUUACGAAGUCGAUACAUGGGCUCUUGGUUGUGUAAUGUACACUCUUUUGGUUGGUAGACCUCCAUUUGAAACAAUGUCACUGAAGGAGACAUACGCUCGUAUUAAAACUAACCAAUACGUCAUUCCGUCGAGAGUAUCCAAAUCUGCUGCAAGAUUAAUACAAAAAUUUCUCAGUAAUAAUCCUCUUAGUAGGCCAUGUCUGGAGACAGUUUGUGAGACAGAUGAAUUUUUUGUAAAAGGUUUUGUACCCAGCUCACUGCCACCAUCGUGUUGCAUGGUACCACCACGAUUUACAGCUCUUCCCAAUGAAUCGUGUGAGAAGACGGGAGAUGUGAAAACCAAUCAUGACAAAGUCGACCAUAUUCUCACGAAGCUACACUUGAGCGAUAACUAUGAGAGGGCGAACAGUGUGGAGAAAGAAAUUCGUGUUACAAAUUCAUUUCAAUCACAAGAAUCGCCAAUACAUUUCGUGCCGCCAGAUGAUUUGUAUCACAAACUUAGUGCAUGCUUAAGUUGCAUGCCAAAGGCGGAUGAAUUCAUGGAUAGUUCGACUACUUCAAAUGGAUGGCUUAAUGGAGCUUCUACAAGUGCUGCAAACAUGACGGAGCUUCCUCGAAAAUUGUUUGUUUGUAAAUGGGUCGACUACAGUAAUAAAUAUGGUUUUGGUGCUGAACUCUGCGAUGGAAGUGUACUUGUACGAUUUAACGAUGGAUCAAAAAUGACUUUGUCAAAAGACAGGCAAUUAAUUUGGUUCUGCAACACAGAUAAGCAGGUCAGCUCGUUUAACGCCGAGGCAGCACCUGAUAAUCUUGGUAGAAAGGUCACUCUCUUGGAAUAUUUUGCCACAUAUAUGGAAAAGCAUCUUUUAAAGGGAUCACCUCACGAGAGCACAAUGAAUAAAAAUGAAGAUGAAUUUCCCCCUUUUCUUGCAAUAUGGAUACGUACACAAAAAGCAAUGGUUAUCUACUUAAGCAACGGUGUCCUACAGGUAAAUUUUUUUGGUGACCACACUAAAAUUAUUCUCAACCCUGGCCGUGGAGAGGAGCUUAUAACGUUAAUUAAUGAAAAUCGAGAGCACACUGACUAUUUACUGUCAAGCAUCCUUCAAAAUGGCUGCUCUCAGAGUGUCGCUACGAGAUUAGAGUAUUGUAAAAUUAUUUUAAGGAAACUAAGUGGUUUUGGAUCGAGCGACACAUGAAGCUGGCGAUAUAUAUGUGGUUGUAGAAUCCUCAGAUUAGAUUAGAAUGAUUAGAUUUAAAUGAUUUUUACGGUUGUAAAUAGUCUUAAUGGUAAUGCAAUAACAGCUUUUUAGGAAGGAUAUUUUCAUAUCAAUAAAUAAACCAGCAAAAUUAAAUCUUCAA